GCCGGGGCGGUGCCGCGGCAGGGAAUCGCGUGAAGGUGAUGCUGCCUUCCAAAAUGACUUUCCAGGCUCUGUUUCUGAGUCUGUUUGGCAUUGUGCUUGGAGAAGCAAGUGUGGUUACGCAGACAGGCUACCAAAAAGUGAAGAUGGGUGACAAGGUGACUCUGAGCUGUGUCCUGACAGAGCCCAAGGAGGUUCUGCAAGUGACAUGGCAAAAGAACUUGGAAAAAAUCCCUGUGAAUAUAGCUACAUACAGCAACAUAAUAGGACUAAAGAUUCACGAGCCGUUUCAGAACCGAAUAAAUUUCACAAGCCUGCUUCUCAAUGAGACAAACAUCACUUUCUGGAACACGAGAAUGGAUGAUACGGGAUGCUACACAUGCCUCUUCAACGUUUUCGCCCACGGCUCCUUMUCGGGAGAUACCUGCCUGCAUGUCUUUGGUCUCAAUGCAUCUGUCCAUUAUAACAUUUCUGAAGGGCAUUUGACAGCCAUCUGUGAGGCUGUUGGCUUCCCAGAGCCUACCAUCAGCUGGAGCGGCUUGUUCAAUUCUACUCCAACGCAGAAGGAGGUCAGGCACAGCAAUGGGAUCGUGUCCAUCACCAGUAGGCUGGAGGUCUAUGACACACGGAGCCUUGGGGAGCAAGACUUGACCUGCAAAGUAAGCAACAGGAAUGAAGAAAUGGAAUUACCCCUGAAAAUGAAAAAGGAAGAGUCAUUCUCAUUCCUUUGGCUGAUCAUUUUGGGGAUUUUACUUUUGUGUGGUCUGACUGUGACUGCAGUGUGCUGGAGGAAGAGGACGUGCAAAAGGGGUCGAACUGGAUUCUAGAAGAUUUUCAGUCAUCCACCAGAUUACUACAGCUCAACAACCUGAAGUCAGCCUUUAAAACCAGGGACUUGGUUGGCAAGGCUGGAAAGUAACAACCAUAAAAAAGAAUUACAUCAGGACCGGGGCSCUACCCUAUCUAGAUGCUGUGCCUAUUGCUAAAAGAUUAAGUACAAUGUUUGUUAUCCGGUCCAGACACUUAAAUAUAUAAAACAGGGUCGAGGAAGGAAACAUUUACUUGGACUAUUUUGAGUGUUGCCAGUUUGCAAAGCAAAGGGGAUUUYAUUUCUUUCAGCUCAGUUUGAAAGCUGCCAGGUUCGGGAGCUUUGCAGGCUCUCAUGGGGAAGGUCUUGUUUCUUCCUUUUUGGACACACUGUUUAGAGCGGUCUCUCCUGCCUCCAUCCUUUUGUGUCCUUUGCCUUUGAAUGCAAGCAACCUGCUGGCCCAACACAACUCUCGGACUCGGACUUUCUCCUGCAAGAUGUUGCCCCCGGAGCUACCCCUCAUGCCUCACUACUGUGAACCUUGUGGUAUCAACAAGAAGUUUGACAAAGGYUGUUAGAUGAAGUGCUGUGGUUUUGGCAGCCACCGAAGGCCCUGUGCUAAUGAUACAAGCUGGGGCACAACCCCACUUCAUCCCCAGGCUGUUUCACAGCUCCUUCUCAUUUUUAUUCUUGUUUGCUCUCAAAUUACUGCGCAUUAAAUGCCUGCCUGUUUCCAGGCACAACGGUUCUGCCUGUCCCAUGGGCUACACCGUGCCACGUUGAUGGUGAGAGUGGGUGGCCCCYGGGCACUGCAUCACCCUUCAUCUUAAUUUGCAGGAGGUCAGAGCCUCUGCUUGCCCUGCUCCAGGGGCUUGGCAAGGGCUCAGUGCAUAUUUGCUAGUAUAGACGUUGCUAAAAACAAGCCUACCUCUGAGCACACCAACUGACAGGUGGGAGGACAGAGAGAAGUCCUCUGGGAAUUUUGGCUCYACUGGUGAGUACCAAUGUCUGAGAUGCAUCUUCUGUUCUGGGUGGAUAUUGGUUAUCCUAUUGGGUUGGCCAGCUGUCUUCUCUUGCCUGUUGGAUUUGAUUAGCCUUUUUUUUUUGUGCAUCUGUAGUGUUAUGUUGUGUUGUGUUUAACAUUUUUUAACAUUUUAGAUUGUGCUUUUUAUGUAAUAAAAUAAUCAAACAGAUACUGUCUAUCUAAGCAUCAAUGCGGAAGAUUUAACAAAUGGGAGACUUAAAACUAACUUUUUUUUUCCUAAGGAUACACGAUAUUACAUUAUAGAAUGGCAGCCUCUUCAAAGUCUGGCUCAAAAAAUGUGUGUAUACAUGUCCCCAUGUACUCUUGAGGGCAUGAGAGGAAUGAUGUUUGCUCUUAAUGUUGUCAGCAACCUCGCUAUUUUGCAGGUACAAUACAGUGUAUUGUACAUAUUUUUAAACUUAAAAAUUUGAUCAAGCAAGCCCACCAAAUAUUGCUUUUUUUUGGCUGCUAAGAAUAGUUGAUUUAGGAUACCAAUAAUGCUGCAUUCCAAGUUUGCCCUUCUAUUUACAUUUGAUAUAACAUUCCUUUUUGUACAGAAGUGGGACUUAAAGGCUUUUAUGUCUUUUUUGUUUUGUUUGCAGUUUUUUAGUUUUGGAUUUUGCUUGUUUGCUUGUUUCCAAAAGUCUUUUGAGCAAAGUAAGUUUGAAAAUGAAUUUAGAAAAUAUGUUUGACCACAGCAGCUGCAUUUUACUUCACAUUUGACUGAUGACUGAUCAGCUGAAUGACCRAUCAAUCAAAUUACAAUUUUAUAGCUUUUUAGCAAUAUGGCAUGUCUCAUGUUUGCUGCUUAAUUAUUCCUUAUUUAAAGUUACAUGUUUUACUGAUGUAUUG